AGCGGACAGCGCCGAGUGAAGCCUCGCUUCCCUCCCGCGGAGACCAGGGCUUGAGCCGGAGCGCAGCAGGUGUAGCCACCCGCCCAGAAACCAGACACCAUGUGCGACGAAGACGAGACCACCGCCCUCGUGUGCGACAAUGGCUCUGGCCUGGUAAAAGCUGGCUUCGCCGGCGACGACGCCCCUAGGGCCGUGUUCCCGUCCAUCGUGGGCCGCCCCCGCCACCAGGGCGUCAUGGUGGGUAUGGGUCAGAAAGAUUCCUACGUGGGCGACGAGGCUCAGAGCAAGAGAGGUAUCCUGACCCUGAAGUACCCCAUCGAGCACGGCAUUAUCACCAACUGGGACGACAUGGAGAAGAUCUGGCAUCACACCUUCUACAAUGAGCUGCGCGUGGCCCCCGAGGAGCACCCCACCCUGCUCACCGAGGCCCCCCUGAACCCCAAGGCCAACCGCGAGAAGAUGACCCAGAUCAUGUUUGAGACCUUCAACGUGCCGGCCAUGUAUGUGGCCAUCCAGGCCGUGCUGUCCCUGUACGCCUCCGGCCGUACCACCGGCAUCGUGCUGGAUUCGGGCGACGGCGUCACCCACAACGUGCCCAUCUAUGAGGGCUACGCGCUGCCGCACGCCAUCAUGCGCCUGGACCUGGCUGGCCGCGACCUCACGGACUACCUGAUGAAGAUCCUCACCGAGCGUGGCUACUCUUUCGUGACCACAGCCGAGCGUGAGAUCGUGCGCGACAUCAAGGAGAAGCUGUGCUACGUGGCCCUGGACUUCGAGAACGAGAUGGCCACCGCCGCCUCCUCCUCCUCCCUGGAGAAGAGCUACGAGCUGCCAGACGGCCAGGUGAUCACCAUCGGCAACGAGCGCUUCCGAUGCCCCGAGACGCUCUUCCAGCCCUCCUUCAUUGGCAUGGAGUCGGCUGGCAUCCAUGAGACCACCUACAACAGCAUCAUGAAGUGCGACAUCGACAUCAGAAAGGACCUGUACGCCAACAACGUCAUGUCGGGGGGCACCACCAUGUACCCCGGGAUCGCUGACCGCAUGCAGAAGGAAAUUACGGCUCUGGCCCCCAGCACCAUGAAGAUCAAGAUCAUCGCUCCCCCCGAGCGCAAGUACUCCGUGUGGAUCGGCGGCUCCAUCCUGGCCUCGCUGUCCACCUUCCAGCAGAUGUGGAUCACCAAGCAGGAGUACGACGAGGCCGGGCCCUCCAUCGUGCACCGCAAAUGCUUCUAGACGCGCGAGCUGUCCCCAGGCCGACAGAUCUGCGGCUCUGGCAGGUGGCUGAGCUCCGGCCGCCGGGCGGGAGCUUCCUCCGUGACAACUUCCACCGCUGCCACCGCACACCCACGCACUGCUCGCCACGUGUACAUACAUUCACUUACUUUACCUCAUUUUGUUAUUUUUGAAACAAAGCCCUGUGGAAGGAAAUGGAAAACUUGAAGAAGCAUUAAAGUCACGUUCUGUUAGACUACCUGAA